AUGGCUCACUAUCAAAAUGGCCAUCCACCAUACGGCCAGUCAGGAAAUUCCGCACAGCCUUCCCGCUACACCUCCGCUUCCUCCACCUCACAGAAUAAUCCGACCCUCCGGAGGAUGCCGAGCUACAGCAUAGGGGAUGAUGCGGGUCUCUUUGCGUCGUCUCAAUCCCACAACCAACGGCCGACAGACGCAAGCGCUCGAUAUUCAGGGUGGGGUGGUACUGGCGACUCUCAAGGGGGUUACAGCAACGACCGACAGGAGUACGCGGACCACCCCAGAUAUGCACACAUCCCCUCGGCCACCUCCCCCCAAAUCCCUCGUAGUCGCGCUUCCUCACAGUCCAGCUAUCAGUACCAGUAUACCUCCAUUGCCUCGCCCACCCAAACGGCGUAUAACCCCCAGCAAUACGCCGUCCCUUCUACGCCGUCGCAAAUAAAUUACAACCCCCUGGCGUACUCUGGCUCCAGCAACAGUAGCGCGACGCUGGGACAUCAGCCAUACAAUCCAGCCGCGUACCAGACCGCCAGCGUGGCGGGAUACGGUUCGGCCAGUGUGCAGCGACAUCCAAGUGUCGGCUACGCGCAAGCGCCGCCGACACCACUCUCUUAUGCACCACCAGCUCCCUCGCUGCCGCCGCCGCCGCCGCCGCCACCCCCACGAGGACCAGAACAUCCGUAUGGAAGUCGUCUGUCGUCCCAGUAUAGCAGUAGUUCUCCCGGGACGUCGUAUGGGUUGGCUCCAACCGCUUCUGCCUACAAUCUUGCUUCCCCGUCUACGCCCAGCGCGACCUAUAUGUCAUCGUUCGCAGGCAUGGGUACGACACAGUCUCGUCCCUACUCCGGUGGAUCCUACGGACCGUCCUCUCCUCGUCGAUCUGAGCCCGCCAUCGCGGCAUCCUAUGAGGACCAACCACCAGAGCCUCCCGCACAUGCGUCGUCCGGCGAGGACCCGUAUGCAAAACGUCUCAGCUUGACGCGUCCCGGGUCCGGGCGCUCGCUGCCAACCCCGCCGAUCUAUCCCCCUCAACCACCAUUAUCGCCGCAGAGGACCGAUACCUUGACUCGACAUCCGCAGGCGCGCCCGCUGCCCGGCCCGCCGGUCGAUGCAGACAGCGACCCGGCCCCUCUGCCAAAUGGUGGCAGUUUGCACGGCAGGCCGGAAGGGGGAGCCGGUUAUGAUGAACUGAUGAAGGAAGUCGAGGCGGUGUUGGAUGGUGGGGACCGGAAUAGUUUAAGAUCGUUGCGAUUGGAGACGCAGAAUUCUAACCAUGCAGCGGAUGGGACGCGGCCGUACGAGACCGCCUCAACAUCGAUGCGCCUCUCCCCGGAUGAGAGGCAUACACACACCAAUGGGAAUAUUGCAACUGGCACAGGGCAGUAUGUGAACUAUGAUGCCUACAGUGACGACAGUGAUGCGGAGGCAGCCGCUGGACUCGCGAUGUUGCAGAUGGCCGAUGAGGAAGACCGAGCGCGAGCCGAGCGUCUGCAGGAGCGCGCACGACGCGAGACUAAUGCAUCGAUUAUCAGUGCAUAUGGCAACCGCCGAUCAGCCGGGCCGGGUGCGGAGAUGGUGCCGUACGGUGCGAACGCCCGGGGACAGACCCAGUACGAGGAGACAGACGCAUCGCCCGAUGAAUACGCUGAUGCUGUCGACCAUGGCCGACUGGUGGCUACAUCCGGCUCGCUGAGGAGCUCGAACUUGUCUGCGGAUGAGCGUGGGGAUUACUCAGAUGAGUACGAUUAUCCCCCGAUCACCCAGGAUUCCGAAUAUCCCUUCGAGCCGGUGCCGUCUCAUGCGCGCGUCGAUGCUGGUGGCACAGGUGGACUGUCCGAUCCGAAUGCCUACAAGCGGCGGAUGAGCUUCGACUAUGGGGACGAAGGGACGCUUUCUUCCGCGCACCACUCCAAUCAGCCGAGCAGCGACGAUUCGGACGGGGGAGAAGAGCCUGGAGACCUCUUUUUCCAUCCCGGCAUGCGGCCCCUACCGCCGGCGCCCGUGGAACCCGCGAACAGAGCAGAUUUGAUCCCGCAUUUGAUGCCGGCGGGGACGUACCGGCAUCAGGAGCAGGGAGAUUGGCAGAGUGCUACUCAGUAUACACCCUCUUACUACCCUGUUUCUGCUGAUUCGUACGGGCCGACCGUGCCCAGCCCCUCUCAAGUCCCACGGUCGACUUCUUUGUCGAGUCACCCGAUUGGACCUCGUACUGACCCCCCUAUCAGAUCCAAGACCGAUGCAGACCGGGCCAAGUACAAGCAACAGCACGACCUGUACCGCCAGGGAUCACCGAAGGUGACGGCACCCCCACAGGCCGCGGCGGACAUGACCCUGGAUCUGCCCACGAUUCCCGCCGGGCGCCGCAAGAAGUUCAAUCCCGCCAAAUUGUCCACGGAACAAUUCCGCCGCUGCGUAGAACCUUGGGCUCUAAGUGCCAUUCUACAAUGGAUCCGGGAGCUGAGCGAAGAUGAAACCGAUCUCAAGGAGCAGGCGAUCGUCGAUGCCAUUGUCGCCUUGUUCACCCAUAAAGUACCGACGAUGAACAUUGCAGAUGCAGAAACCCUGGCCGCCCGUGUUGUCCAGAACAUGUUGGUGGAAGAAGCCUUAGUCAAGGAGGAGGAAUGGGUCAAGUUCGGCAACGGGUCUUUGUCUGGCGUUUUGUUCCAGAUCACCGGCACUGGCUGUUACUCAUCUAGAUUACACGAGCAGGAGACGGAGGUCUUUGGACGCUGCUACUCACAUCACUGUAUGCGAACGUUGAAGAAAGUGAAUCUACGGAUGAUGGAGGAACAGAAGAAGGCAGAAGACUGGGUGACCUUUUAUAAGGUUCCGGUUGAGAUUCGGGAGUCAUAUCCAAAGAAGGAGAUUGAGCGCCAGAAUGUCCUUCACGAGAUCGUGACCACGGAGGACAAUUUCAUUGGGCAAUUGGAUAUCCUGCGCGAAUUGUACCGGGAUCAGCUGGCGAAUAUGCAGCCCACCAUCAUCCCUCCGAAACGCAUCAACAAAUUCCUGAACGAUGUUUUUGGUAAAGCGGAUUUGGUGAAGAAGGUCAAUGAGGAUCAUCUUCUGGCCCAGCUCAAGUAUCGCCAGAAAGAACAGGGGCCAUUCAUCGCUGGAUUCAGUGAUAUCUUUCGCGAAUGGAUCCGGAAAGCCAAGUCGGUCUACAUCGACUACGCAACGACUUUUCCUCAUGCCAACUAUCUUGUGAGGAGUGAGGCAGAGAGGAACAUCCACUUCCGGCAAUUCCUCGAGCAGGCCCAGGCCCACAAACUAUCAAACCGCCUGAGUUGGGAUACCUAUUUGAAAGCCCCGAUUACGCGAAUUCAACGGUAUACCUUACUGCUUGCCACGGUGCAUAAGAACAUGGUCAAGGAUAGCGAGGAAAAGGCGAAUCUAGCACAAGCAAUCGAGGAGAUCAAACUGGUUGCUUUGGAAUGUGACAACAAGGUGGGCGAAACCACCAAGAAGGUUGGUCUCAUGGAACUGUCUGCCAAGCUGCAGCUCCGUCCGGAAAUGAAGAGGGAGGUUGAGUUAAAUCUCGAACACCUGGGGCGUGAAAUUAUUCACCAGGGAAUCCUACAGCGGCCAGGGACCCGAACCCGUUUCUUGCAGGAAACUCAUGCCAUCCUCUUUGACCAUUAUCUGGUGUUGGCAAAGCCGGUCCCCAAGUAUAAGGUAUUUGACGUGUCGAAAUUGCCUAUUCCCAUGGACCUCUUGGUUCUUGAAAGCACCAAUGAAGAUCCUGUAGUGAAAUCCUCAGUUCGAGGUGUUGCAACUGUGAACCAGCCCCAGGCUGUUGCCACCCGUGGUGGAGAUAGCAAUCCAGGCAACGCUGCCGGUGCAGCGGCGGGAAAGACGAUUGUCCCUGCCACAGUUCUUGAAAAUUCUACGGAUAACAAAAUCCUAUACCCGUUCAAAAUCAAACAUUUGGGGAAGAAUGGGACAUAUACACUCUAUGCUUCUUCUUCCCAAGCCCGACAGGAUUGGUGCGAGAAGAUUCUCGAGGCCAAAACAAAACAUGCUGCCGCUCUGUUUGCACAGAAUGCGGAGCCUUUCAGACUUCGCGUGCUAGCGGACACUGCAUUCGCUUCCUCAGAUUAUACUCCGCCUUCCAAGAGCGUUACCAUCAAAGGCACGCCUCUGGACCGUGCGAUCAAAGAGGUCGAGCACCGAUUUUCUGAUCUCAAGAGACCCUCCCCCGUUUGUCGCUCAGGCGUUCACUCUGCCACUGUCUUCCAGCAGCCUCCUGGCCGCAUGAUGUGUGCCAUUGGCACUGAUAACGGGGUUUACAUCUCUGAAUACAAUGAUCCUCGUGGUUGGGUUCGGGCUAUUCAAAUUCCACGGGUAACCCAGAUUGCCGUCUUUGAGGAAUUCAACGUAUUCCUUCUUAUUGCCGACAAAUCUUUGAUUGCUUACCACUUGGACGUCGUUUGUCCGCCAAGUGGCGUGUCCACCCCGACGACAAGCGACUCAGCGCGCCGCGCGCCACAGAAACUGUCUGGAAGUCGUGAAGUCGGCUUUUUUGCUGCAGGGCACAUGAAGGAUCGCACGCUGGUGAUGUAUAAAAAGCGAGAUGGACUGUCCUCGACUUUCAAGAUCAUGGAGCCCGUCCUGCAAAAGUCAUCUACGAGCAAGAGUCGUUUCUUCUCCCGCCGGUCACAAACAGAAUUCUUCCGCGAAUACGAUGAGUUCUACAUCCCAGCAGAGAGCUACAGCAUCAAUAUGUUCCAUUCUUCACUGGCCAUUUCCACCCAACGUGGCAUUGAAAUUCUUACAAUUGAUAAAAAACAGACUUGGUCUGUUCCUGAUUUCCGCUCUACUGCUCCAGAAGCGCAAGCCCACCUCACCAGUAUUGCCGCUCGUAUUAGCAACCUCCGGCCACUGGGUAUGUUCCGUCUCAGUGAUAGCGAGUUUUUAGUGGUAUAUGCCGAGUGUGCGGUUUACGUGAAUAAACAUGGAGAUGUAAACCGCAGCGUGGUCAUGGAGUUUGUCGGACGUGCUCACUCUGCUUGUCUCUAUGGCAAGUUCCUAAUACUGUUCAACGAUGAUUUUGUUGAGGUACGGAAUGCUAUGAAUGGCCGUCUGCGACAAGUCAUCCCCGGCCACGGUGUCGUUUGUCUCGAUGAUGGUAGCAGCAUGCCCGGGUCUGGAGCCAAUAGCAUUCCCACCACGGCAGGUGGUACGGUGAACCUGUCUAGCGGAAUGUCGAACGGCGUCGCCCUGGCGAACAAUGGCCGUACCGUCAAGAUCUGCAUGCAACAUCCGGAAUAUGAACGGAAUCAGAUUGUUCUCGAGAUGAUUGAGAAUGAAGGACAAAAGGACUAA